AUGCAGUCCACGAACAAGCUAACAUUAAUUGCGUUUGUACAGAUCUUGAUAAUCAAAUCAGGGUCAUUGCAAAUUCCGAACAGAUCAACAAUCUGGAAUGCAUUAGCCCGAGAGGAUACAACGGACCUAAUCUACUCAACCGAACCUCCAUGUGACGGAAGCAGACCAGUUCGGUGCAUUGGAUGCCGUACGAUGAAGAUAUGCGUUGGUCUUCCUGAGCCGGACUAUCCAACCAAGUUGUGUCCAACGGACACUCCGUACUGCAAUUCACAGAUCGGCGCCUGUUCAACUGUUCCCGAUGACAGCCUAGCCGUUUGUUCCAGCACUGACUCUCCAACUACGACCGCAGCUUCGUUCUACUGCACCGGCAAAGGCUUCUAUCCGGAUCCAUAUUCUUGUUCCAGUUAUUACUAUUGCGAAGCGGAAGGCGUUCUGGGCGAUCAGUACCAGUGUGCUCCCGGAUACACAUACAACAGUCGGUCGCAAUUGUGCAAUCGAAGACCGGGCUCAUGUGAGGUGCUGAGCUGCACUCAGAACGACUCCAUUUUCAAAGUGUAUCCUCCAAAUCCGAAAUACUUUUAUCACUGCCAAUAUGACGCAGACCAUGUGGCGAUCGAAUCACAAAUUUUGAUGAUUGCUUGCGACGAUGGAGCCAGUUUCGACCAGGCCCUGGGUCGGUGUGUUUUCAGGUGCCCGAGCGCGGGGUUGUUUGCUAAGUCGUCAAACGCAAACAUGUACUAUCAGUGCUACAGAGCGGACCGACGAUUGGUGUACGUCGAGCAGAGUUGUCCUAUCCCGGUGCAGGUGUACGACGAUGGCAGGAAAGUGUGCGUCACCCGCGAAUCAUUUUCGGCUUCUGAUGGGAAAAACUAACAAAAUUAUUGGUGAUGAAUCACAUAGAAAGAUCGCUUUCAGUAUAGGAAGAUGAAGUGCAUGUAUUAUCACAUAGGUAUCGAUAUAGUAACACGCAUUCACCAUUGAAUAUAAUGACGUAUGUGAGAGAAGA